AUGUACAGGAACCCAGAGUUGCUUCUUACAAAAGUUUACAAAGCUGUCUACUUCCCAAAGGGUUUGUUGUGGGUUGCAAAGAAGAGUUGGAGGCCAAGUUAUGCUUGGAGCAGUUUGUGGCGGUCGAAAUGGCUGUUUGAAGAGGAAACUAUGUGGCGAGUUGGCAAUGGGCAGAGUAUCAUGAUAGCUGAUGAGAGGUGGCUCCCAAGCGGAUGUCUAUCUAUUUACCGGGAGGAUGUGGCAGCUGAAUGUGGGGUGGUGCGCGUGUCUGACCUCCUUCUUCCGGGAAGCCAGCAGUGGAAUAAUGAGUUGGUGAACUUUUUGUAUUGGCCACCAACAGCGGCUAGCAUUGUGAAGAUCCCUCUUCCUCUAGUUGGUGGGUGUGAUGUUCGGUUUUGGCCUCACACUGUUAAUGGCGAGUACACUACAAAAUCUGGUUAUGCCGUGGCGAGGUCGAAGGCUAUUUUAGCGGCAGCUUCGUCAUCUUUUUCACACAAUGUCACUCCCAAAGUUUGGAAAGUGUUGUGGAAGGCCCCAACUAUUCCCAGAUGCCGUGAGCUCAUUUGGAGAGGGUGUGUCAAGAUUCUCCCUGUUCGUUCAGCGUUGCGCCGGCGAGGCAUGGACGUGGAUGAUAUGUGUCAGUGGUGUGACAGUGCUCAAGAAACGAUUGGCCAUGCUCUUUUGUUCUGUCCGGUGGUGCGGAGGUGGUGGUUUGCUUCUUCCCUGGGCCUGCGUUUGGACAGUGAGGUUGAAUUUCAUGAGUUUGUGGCUGCCUUGUUCUCGCAAGCUGAGAUGUCUGUUGUUGCUGUGUUUUGUCAACUUUGUUAUAUCAUUUGGGAGGCAAGAAACAAGUUAAUUUAUGAUGGGGUGCAGCCUUCAACCGAGGUGGUCUUGUCUCGUGCUGCUGGCCUUGCGUCUACGACUGGUGUGGCGCAUGUUCCUCUGCGUAAUGGAGCUGUUAGUGAUGUGUGGACCAGGCCUAAUGAGGAUACCAUCAAAGUCAAUUUCGAUGCAGCUUGGGCUGAUACCAGAGGUGCUAGCUGCGGGAUGGUGGCAAGGAAUGGAGCGGGGGAGGUUAUGGCAGCUGCAACUAGGCCAGGUGUCGAUGCGCUCUCUCCUCUUUUAGCCGAGGCAGCAGCGUUCCGGUGGGCGAUGGUGUUAUCAAUGGAGCUCGGGUUCAGGACUGUCAAUUUUGAAACCGACUGCAAGCUACUCUAUGAUGCUUGGCGUAUGAAGGAUUUGGGUUCAUCUUAUUUGUUUGCUAUUUUAUCUGAUUGUAAGGAUUUGGUCCAGUUUUUUGACUUUUGUUCUCUCUCUUUUGUCCGUAGAACUGGUAAUAAGGUUGCUGAUUUCAUGGCUAAGCGAGCGGGGGACUUUGGUGAUUCGGUUUGGAUCGAUGAAGUUCCCCAGGCCGCUAUGCAGUUGAUUUUGGAUGAUGUAAGGGCCCUUGUGCCCAGCUGA